GUUGGUAGCUGCUGUUGCUAGUGACUUCGGCGUGUUUUGUUGGCAUUAUGUUAACUACCUUGUGAAACUGUACUAGGCGUCCUUUUUUCUAUAAUUUAGACGCAAAUUGUGUGAAAAUUCGUGCUUAUAGUGGUGUUUGCCGAGUAAAAUGGCAAUGACCUCUUCACAAGUGAAACAGCAGCAGCAACAAAACAACAUGGCCGGAAGCGGCACUGGUUGGCCCCGGCGAAACAGUCAAAAUUCCACCGCGGCCGCCGCGACAACGUCCACAACGUUUAAAAGCGAAUUUCCCGUGCAGUCUCCGGCCAUCAACAGAAUAAUCAACCUGUACCCCUUGACGAAUUACAUCUUCGGUACGAAAGAACCCCUUUUCGAGAAGGAUCCGAGUGUGCCGGCGCGUUUCCAGCGAAUGAGGGACGAGUUUGAUAGGAUAGGCCAACGUAGGAGUGUCGAGGGGGUACUUUUGGUACACGAACAUGGUCUGCCGCAUGUGCUUUUGUUACAGUUGGGGACUACGUUCUUUAAGUUGCCUGGUGGCGAGUUAAAUCCGGGAGAAGACGAAGUCGAAGGCCUCAAAAGACUCUUGACAGAGACGUUGGGCAGAUUGGACGGCGUGAAACAGGACUGGCUGGUGGAAGACAUCAUCGGCAACUGGUGGCGGCCCAACUUCGAACCGCCGCAGUACCCGUACAUCCCCCCGCACAUCACCAAGCCGAAAGAACACAAGCGGCUGUUUCUCGUACAGCUGCAAGAGAAGGCGUUAUUUGCAGUACCUAAAAACUACAAGUUAGUCGCUGCGCCUUUAUUUGAACUAUAUGACAAUUCGCAGGGAUACGGACCGAUAAUUUCUUCCUUGCCACAGGCUCUGUGCAGAUUCCAGUUCAUCUAUAUGUAGAUGCGAUCUCAGAUAAGAUAAAUAGGUUCUUUUUAAAAAAAGUAUUGGAAACUGUUUAUGUUGAAAACAUAUUGAUUUAGUACAAUGUACUUUAAUGGAUUACUUAAGUUAAUAAUACAAUAAAUUCUUAAAGAGCAUUUGAAUAACCCCUAUUUUUUCUUACGUAAAAUUGACCAACUGUACCUAUAUUUUUAUAUUUAAUUUCAAAAGUCAAAAUUUGUUUAUUUGCUCUUUCUUAAUCAGCUUUGAUUUCACAUUGUGAAUGCGUGUUUAUAACUGUUUUUUUGUAUGAAAUGUGGAGUAGUUUAAAUAAUAUAAGUUAAAACUAGUAACAAUUUAUUGAAAACUUAUUGUAAAUCUGCAAUAAAUCUUUUGAUGUUAUUUUUAAUUACAGGAA